GUCGUCUGCUCGUCGGACAGCGCAGCAGCCGGAGCAAGAGAGGUGGGUUUCUGCCAGACAGACGAGAGCGCAUCCAGAAAGAAGAGAGAGUGCUGAGCUGCAGCAUCCAUGGAGACUAGCGCCGCCGGCGCCGGCCGACUAGGAGGAGGAGGAGGCGGCGGCAAGGGCGGCGAGGCGAAGCAGCUAAACGUGGGGGGCAAACUCUUCGCCCUGGAGGCAAGCUCCCUCUCCCUCUCCCUCGAUCUCGACCCCUACCCAACCCCAACUUUCGUGGACCGCGACCCCGCGCUCCUCUCCGCGAUCCUCUCCGCCAUCCGCGCCCCCUCCUCCCCGCCGGCCUUCCCCGCCCGGGUCCUCCUCGACGAGGCCGUCUUCUACGGCCUCCACGCCCAGCUCCUCGCCGCGCUCUCCCCUCCGCCCCUCCUCGGCUUCUCCGCGUCCCUAGCGUCCACCCUGUCCCCCGCCUCCGAGCCCUUCCCCACCGCCAUCGCCGCGCACCACGACGGCUCCCUCUGCCUCGCCCACGGCGCCGGCCAGCUCACCUACUACUCCCCGGCGCUGGACCAUCUCACCACCUUCCGAACCCACCUCCACCGCGCCACCUCCCUCAGGCUGCUGCCCUCCAGCCUCGCCGUCGUCGGGUCCAGCUCCUCCCCGGGUCUCCAUGUGUACGACCUCCUCGAAGGCUGGCACGUCGCCUCCGUUGAAUGGUCGGACCCGACCGACCUACGCGUCCUCAAAGCGAAGGUCAUCACCAUCGCCGCCCGUCCUCCUGCUGAUGCCGCCGACACAAAUUCGCCGAUCCUCGCUACAUUCGAGUGCCCACACCGGGAGAACUGCAUCCUGGCGAUCGACCCCGUAACUCUGAAGCCCAUACAAGAGAUUGGCCGGCAAAGUGGGAGUGCGGCCAAGUCAUCUUCGCCGGAUCGACUAGUGCACCUGCAGGAGCUUGGGCUGGUGUUUGCUUCAUCAGUGUCCUCAGGGGCAUUUGGCUAUUCUGGGUACAUGAGGCUGUGGGACAUUCGAUCUGGGAAUGUGGUCUGGGAGACCAGCGAGCCAGGGGGGUCUGGAAGAAGCAGCAGAUUUGGAGAUCCAUUUUCAGAUGCAGAUGUGGACGUGAAGCAGCUGAUGCUCUACAAGGUGUGCUCAAAAUCAGGAGAUAUUGGAGUUGCAGACCUGAGGCGCCUCGAUAACGACCCUUGGGUGUACAUGUCAUCAGGACCAAAGGGGAGUGGAGGGGGUCAUGGCAGUGUUCUGCAUUGCUACAAGUCCCAGGUGUUUGUCAGCCGGAAGGAUGGAUUGGAGGUUUGGUCCAGACUGGAAGAACAACGAAAUGACACAUGCAAUUUGCUGGAGCAAACGGGAGCAAAGGAGACACUUGACAGAAAAGGAAUUAAUGAAAAUAGCUUCAGAAGCAGCUAUGUGGAUACCGAAGAGUACUCUAAGCGUGGAAUGAUAGAGAUGAUGGAAGGUGGCGGAGACCGCUUAUUUGUGACCAGAGAAGACAUGCCAGUUGUGGAAGUGUGGGAGAGUUCCCGGCUAGCUGGUGCUAUCUCUCUAGCAUAGCAGUUUUUCCUUGCAUACAGGAUGACGAUCAUGUUCUCUUUGUCCAGUUGAGACAUAAAUUCAGUUCUGGGAAUAUGGCUCUUCUUGUGUUCCAUACUUCCAAAAUUUGAUGUGGUAACAUUACCUUUUCUUGCCUCUA